UUUAAAUGGAUAUUGAUGCUCAAAAUGCAUAAAUGUAGGAACUUAAUGAUGCUAAGAUCCAAGAAAUCAAGGCAUAAAGAAAACUAUUUGGAGGGAUAAUUAAAAAAGGAGAUCCUCUUUACAAAAACAUCAUCAACGUAAUAUUGUUUGCUUUGCUUUUGCCUUGCAUGAUUAUUUUUGGAUUAGUCGUAGGACUGAAAAAAUUAUUAAUUUCUUUUUUGGAAUUUCUAAUAUGCACAAGACAUUUUGUUAUUCAUGCAUAUAAAAGAACAAAGUAAUUUUUUAUUGUAAAUUAUUAUUUUGUAAAAAAUUGGAUUAUAAAUAAGGGAGGUCUAUUAAUAAUUAAAAUCAUUGAUGGCUUAGCAAAAGGCUUAGGAUAUUUUGCUUAGAAAUUGUAACAAAUAUACAAUUUUAUCAAAUAUUAUUGUUUAUUGUUCAUUAAUAACUUUAUUGUUGUUUUGUAUAAAUGGAUAGCAAAGAAAUUUGUGAUUUUGAUGGAAAUUUUCAAAUUUUAUUACAUAAGAUUAUCAAAUUCAGCUAAAAUAAGGAUUUUACAAUUUACAAGAUUUGCAAUAGUUUAAAUCAAGUUCGUUAUUUUUAAGAUAAAAUAAAUCACAUUAAAAGUGUAUAAAGUUAUGAAAUGGUUAACAAUAUAUAUAAAAGAUAAAAUAACAAGAUUAAUAACUUACUGUUGGUUCUAAAUAAAAAAAGUAUCUAUUUUAUUUCAUGAACGUAUAUUAAUUCCAUUAAUUCUAAAAAUUACUAUUUAUAGUAUUUAUCUAUUUAUUCAAACAUGUCGUGGAAUGACUAAAUUAUAAAAUGCAAUAUCCUAUUAUGGGCCUUUAAUCUUGGACUAUUUAAAAACAAAAGCUCUAUAAUUUAAGGCAUGUUUAUAUUUUUCCGUUACAUAAUUAAAAAAGUUUAUGAAAUAUCUCAAAAACAAAUUAAUUCACUAUUCACUUCUAAUAAUAGAUUAUUUACUUGGAAAAUAUAAAUAAUUAAAUGAAAAUGUUUUGUCUCCUGUUUAUUUUAAAAUAAAAGAGAUUUAAAAAAAGAUCAAAAAUUUAAUGAUUGAUUUAGCAUUGAAAUUGAUAGACAUUAUUAAAUUUACUUUGGUGUUCUUAAAAAAUGAAGUGAUAUUGAAAUUAAAACAAAAAAUAGUUUAUUACUAUAAACGGGGAUCAGAUGUAUCUUAUAUAAUAUUUAUGAUUCUUUAGAAGAAAGGAUAUAGGCUUUCUCUUAAACUCUAAUAAAUAUAUAUUAAAAUUAAAGAGAGAGCUGCAGAAAGAUAAAAAAAGUUUCGUUUAAUUUUGUAACAUAUGCAAUAACGAAUUAAAAUUCUGUCAAUAAUAAUUUAUCAUUACAUUAAGAAAAUUUGUAUUAAAAUUUGUAAUUUUACAAAGUAUUGCAAAUAAAAAAUUAAACAUUUUGUUAAAUGUAUCUAAAACUGUAUCAAAUAAAGUAUAAAAUCAUUAAAAAAUUCUUUCAAAUGGUUAUUUAAAUUGAUUAAAAAAUUAAUCAGAUGGAUAAUAGAAUUAUAAUGUAGAAUUAUUGUCAAAUUUAUAGCGGUAUUUAAAGUAUUGAAUCCUAUUUUCUGGUUGAUAGAUAAUAUACUAGAUUUAGUUUUCUUUAUUUUUUCUUAGCCAGUUUUGCUCUUCAAUAACAUGAUAGAAAAAGGAAUAGAUAUAUUUAUAUAUUAAGUUCCUGAUAAGUUAUAUAAUGGUAUAGUUUAUCUAUUGGAUAAAUUAAAAAUAUUUCUGGAAAGAUUAGUUUAAUUUGUUGAACUAGUUAUUAAAUAAGCUAAAAAAAUAAUGAGCAUUAUAAAUUAAAAACUUAUAUAUCCUGUUAAGAAAGUUGUGGUUAGCUUCUAUCAAAGCAUAAAAAAAGUGGUAUUAUUUAUUAUUUAAUAAUUAAUAAAUUUUAAAGAUAUGAUCAAAUAUAAUUAUAUACUGCCUGCUUGGGCAAGUAUAAGAUUAUUUGGAGUUAAAAUUAAGAAUAGUUUUAUUAAAAUAAAAAAUAAAGUUACAUAAAUAAUUAUAUAUGGAGUCAAUUAGUUAAAAUUGGCCUAUCUUUUUUUAAAACAGUAGAUACUUAUUAUUAUGUAAUGUAUUGUCAAUUUUAUAAAUCUGUUUGUACAGUAAAUUAAAUUAGUUUAUUAAAUUUUGAUUGGUCCUUUAAUCUAAUUUAAGAAUAAGAUCAUCUCAAUAAUCUUGUUCUUAAAGAAAGAAAUUUAACGUUUAAUUGUAGCAUAAUAUUUAAUAAUUAAAGAAGCAAUAUUAGUUACUUUAAAUUAUUUAAAAGAGUUUUUAAUUGUUAUAAAAUUGGCAGUUUUUGAGUAGUUAAAAGCUAUACAAAUAAUUCUUAAAAAUACUUAUGAUUAAUGUAAAUAAAGCUUAAUUUAAGUUAAAAAUAUUAUUAUUGAAUAAAUGAUAUAUAUGAAAUCAAUUUUAAUUCAAUAGAAAGAAGCAAUUUUGAAAUAAUUAGAUUCAAUUAGAAUGAGUAUUUAAAUGUAAGGAAUUUUCAUAAAAGACAGAAUGAUUACAAUAAUGAAUGAAUUGAAAUAGAUGAUUGUAUCUAUUUUUUAAAGAAAUUGA